CGGUGUCCUCUGGGGUGGUGGGGCGCGCGGGGAGCCGGGCUGCUGGCGGGGUGGCUGCGCCUUGCCCGGAGCUGCCCGGCGCAGCUGGACUCCGGGCUCGGGCCAGCUGGACGGGACAGCAGGCGCAGGACUCGGGGCCUGAGACAGUACCAAGGAGAUCAGUUGUGUCCUAGGCGGCCCAGACCAGGGCGUGCUCAUCUUCCAGCUUUGGACCGUGCCCAGCUCCUGUCACUCAGUAACUUUGUUUUACCACAAUCAGAAAAAUAGCGUGUGCUUGCGACACCGUGCCGUGCACCCACCAAGGCAGGCGUGGCCCCUGGCGUCCUGCAGCCGAUAUUCUAGUGAAGGGGAAGAAAAGAUCCAUUCCAGACCUGGCUGAGCAUCGGUGGCCUGCUACUGGAUGUAGGUCAAGCUGACCCUGAGUGGUGGUGUUGGGACAGAGGUCCCCUGAUGCCAAAAGACUAUGAGCUUUCAGAACUUCUGGAGAGACUACAAAGUUCUGCUGGUGAUGGUGCCCUUAAUAGGGCUCAUCCAUGUAGGGUGGCACAGAAUCAAAAGCAGCCCUGUUUUCCGAGUACCUACUAAGGACGACAUUCCUGAGCCACACAGUCUAGGACUUGCAAGUCCACCGAAGAGCCAAAUCCAGGGAAAAUAGAAGGCUCGCAAUCUUGAGAUAGAAGCAGCUUUGAAACUGAGCUUGAUAUUAAAAGAAGAAAUGAAAACCAGUUGGAUUCGAAAGAACUGGCUUCUUGUAGCUGGGGUGUCUUUCAUAGGUGUUCAUCUGGGAACAUACAUCAUACAGAGGGUUGCAAAACAGUCUGUGAGAUCUCAGGCGGGAGACAAACAAAAGAGUAUUGAAGAAUGAAGUAAAAUAAAUACUUGGAAUUACUAACAUGGUAUUAAAUUAUUAUGUGCUGAUUAUCAGAAACACUGAACUGUAUCAUUUUAUAGCCACAACACUAAAUUCAGGCCUUCACUCCUGAAGAAUAUUUUUUGCAAUGUUAAAACACAUGGCAGUAAAUAGACAGUACAGUUAACAAAAUAAAAGCUGGCUUCACAAGUCACACCCAAUGUAUGAUGUCUUGUUUAGAAGCCCACAAACCAUCACUGUGUCACAGUGAACCACUCACAACUGAGAAAGUCAGGGCCAAACUUACUGUCUUAAAAGGCGUCCUAACAUCCUGCUAUGGCCCUUUUGGGCGGCUGAAGCAGCUGCACAACGGCAUGGGGGGCUCUGUGUGCACAACCUCCCAGUCCACGGUGCUGCUCAGGAACCUCUCGGUCACCCACCCCAUAUUAAAGAUCCUGACAACGGCUGUUCAAAACCAUGUAUCCUGCUUCAGUGACUGUGGCUUGUUCACAGCCAUUCUUUGCUGCAACCUAAUUGAAAAUGUGCAGAAAACAGAGUUGACAGCCGCUACCACCAUUAAACUUAAUAAACAUCUUUUGAAUUUCUGCAUCAGUUAUCUCAGGUCUGAGAUCUGUGGUUGCCGAAUCCCAGUGGACUUCACUAGUACCCAGAUCCUCCUUUGUCUGGUGCGCAGUAUUUUAACAAGUAAACCUGCCUGUAUGCUCACCAGGAAGGAAGUAGAUCAUAUCAGUGCUUUGAUUCUUAGGGCUUUUUUACAUACAAUUCCAGAAAACACAGGAGAGCCUAUCAUUUUAGGAAAGUGCAUAAUUGUACCCUUAAAGGGUCAAAGGGUUACAGAUUCUACUGUGUUACCCGGAGUACUCAUUGAAAUGUCAGUUCAAUUAAUGAGGAUGUUACCUGCCCGAAAAUCAAGUGCCCUCAAGGUGGCGCUCUUUGCUACAUCUUUAUCAGGAGACUUUUCUGACCCUGGAGAAGGAAGUGUGGUGGUCAGUUAUGGGGUGUCUCUUGAAAAUGCAGUCCUGGACCAGUUGAUUAACAUAGGAAGGCAACUAGUUAGUGACCGUGUGGAUCUCGUCCUAUGCCAAAAAGUUAUACACCCAUCGUUGAAACAGUUCCUUAGUAAUCACCACAUUCUUGCCAUAGACAGAGUGGGAGUGACGCUGAUGGAGCCCCUCAGCAAAGUGACAGGAGCGCAACCCAUUGGGUCCCUAGGCCCAGUAUCUCCUAGUAGUUAUGGAAACGCAAAAAAUUGGUGCUCUGCUAAAUUUGGCUGCAAACAUUUUUUUCAUCUUAUUCCUAAUGAAGCUACUGUCUGCAGCUUGCUUCUCUGCAACAGAAAUGACACUGCCUGGGAUGAGCUGAAGCUCACAUGUCAAACGGCACUGCAUGUUUUGCAGUUAACAAUCAAGGAUCCAUGGGUUUUGCUGGGAGGUGGCUGCACUGAAACUCAUUUGGCUGCAUAUAUCAGACACAUGACUCAUAAGGAGCCAGGAAGUAUUCUCCAAGAUGAUGGAUGUACUCAAGCAGAGCUUCAGCUAAUUGCUGAAGCUUUUUGCAGUGCUCUAGAGUCUCUCGCUGGCUCUUUGGAACACGAUGGAGGUGAAAUUCUGACUGACAUGAAGCAUGGACACUUUUGGUCCGUUCAAGCGGGUCCUCCCUCUGCUGUUAACUGGCCAGAUUUGCUUUCUCGCUGUGGCUGUGGAGUAUACAGUAGCCAGGAGGAACUCACCUGGUCUUUUCUCAGAAGCACACAUCAUCCUUUUGUGCCCCACACCCGUCUUCCACAGGAAGCUCUGGAAAUCACUCAACAAUCAGCCCAUAGCCUAACCGUGGACUGUUUAACUGCUAAGCUCAGUGGCCUGAAGGUGGCUGUAGAGACAGCCAAUUUGAUAUUAGAUCUUGCCUAUGUCAUUGAAGAUAAAAACUGAUAUAAAAGAAUAGCAUGUUUAUAUUAUGAAUAGACUAAUCAGGCUCAAUUAAGAAAAACAGUGUAUAUUCUUCUCCCAAGGCCUGUCCUGCAGAUACAGACAAUUCAUAAAAUUAUAGACAACUUAUUUAAAUGAAGAUUUAAGUUUUAAAUAGAAAUAUCAUAGAAUAAUAAAAUCUGCAACAUUGUUGCUUAAGAUAUUGUCAUUAUCUUAAGGAUUCCAUGAUACUGCUUUACGUUGUUCUCAAUUUUGUUACUAUUUUAACAUCAUUCUAAGAAGAUACAGAAAUUUUAAGAAUUUCCUAAUCCAUGCUCCACUUUGGAUAUACUUAUUAUAGACAUUUUCUAGUUAA